GGGAGCCGGCCCCAGCAUGUGGACCGCGGCGCGUUGGCCAUGAAAGCCGGCACCAUGAGGAUCCGCAGCAAAGGCCAUCACCCGGCAGGUGGUAUCCAAAUAAAAAAUGAGAAAAAUAGACCAUCUUUGAAAACUGUGAAAAAUGAUAACAAAUCAGAAAAUAAAUAUAAGCCACUCUGGGGAAAAGUCUUUUAUCUUGAUUUACCAUCUGUUGUGAUCUCUGAAAGACUGGAAAAGGACCUCAAGGAACUAGGAGGGAGAGUUGAAGAAUUUCUCAGCAAAGAUAUAAGUUACCUCAUUUCAAAUAAAAAGGAAGCAAAAUACGCUCAGACAUUGGGGUGUAUUUCUCCUGUCCCAAGUCCAGAAUCAACAUAUACAGGAGGAAAUACUUCACCACAUCCUAGCUGUGAUGGAAGUUCAUUCAAGACUCCAGAUCCAGUAUGUAUGAGCAGAGGCAAAUUAUUAGUUGAAAAAGCUAUCAAGGAACAUGAAUUCAUCCCUUCAAAUAGUAUCCUGUCAAAUGCUUUAUCCUGGGGAGUGAAAAUUCUUCAUAUUGAUGAUAUUAAAUACUAUAUUGAACAAAAGAAAAAAGAAUUGUAUCUGAUCAAGAAAUCAAGCACAUCACUUAGAGAGGUGGGAAAACGAUUAAGUAUUCAGAAAACAAAAACAGGAAGGCUCAAAAAGCCAUUUGUAAAGGUAGAAGAUUCAAGCCACCAUUACAGACCAUUUUACCUUCAGCUGCCCAAUAUACCUCUUAUAAACUAUUCUGUUCCUAAACCCUGCAGUCCUUUUGAUUUGGGUAAAACGUCUGGUCUGCAGAAACAAACACAAGCUAAACAAAGGAACAGAGCUGGCUGUGAAGCCGAUGAAGGGUGCCGCCCUCCCGUGCAGCCCCGCCUCCGAGAGAACCAGAAGAAGGGAUACUGCGAGUGCUGCUCCCAGAGAUACGAUGCGCUGCAGGCCCAUCUUCUAAGUGAACAACACAGAAGCUUUGCACAAAGUACUCAGUAUCAAGUUGUUGAUGAUAUCAUAUCCAAGUUGGUAUAUGACUUUGUAGAAUACAGAAGCAAUAUAUCCAAAAGAGUAAAAUGCAGUAUUGGAUCUUUUGCCCCUGUCAUUGGAAAUACUUUUAAAAGGAAUGAGCCUGAAAAACAACUGGAAUUGCACUGUGUUUCCCCAAAUGACUCUCAGGGAAAUACUACCAAACAGGUGAUAAGACAGGAUUUCCAGUAUCAAGAAAGCAAGGAUCCUUCACAGAAGAUUGUCUUCAAUUCAGAGCCCAUAGAUUUAUUUGCUUCAUGCAGUCCAUGUCCUUACAACUCAACAAGCAAACUUGGAGAACAUUUGGACUGUGGAAAAUCUUAUAUAAUAAAUCCAGUGAAAAAGGACAUGAAGCUGGAUUUGGUACAGCUACCUCUGAAUAAAGAUAUGCAGGGAUAUACUCCUGAAGUUUCUGACCAUAAAGGAACUAUGAAUGAAAAAGACUUAGAAGAACUAAAAACAGAAUACUGCCCAUAUAUCCUAGAGACAUUUAUGCACGUUUCUGAUUUUGACGAAACAGAGAAAAAUGUGUCUCAGCUGAAACGAAAGUCAGAUAGUAUGAUUUUUCCAGGUACCCAUCAGAAGAAAAAAGGCACUAGUUCCCCACAUGGUAAUGGUUCUAGUCUUAGAGUCAUUAGCAAUUCACCAGAACAACCUACUGGUCAAGUCAAGAUAAUAUCCCAUAGUCAUCCUGGUGAAGAACCCAAAGCAUCGGAUGUUGAGAGUACAGACAGUUUGCCUUCCGGGAAGCUGCAUCGAAAAGUAAAAAUAGUAUUAAGAAGAAACAAAAAAAGUCAGAAGGUUGAUGUACAUUUAAAGAAUAAAACAGAAUCUCCUGCUGCAAAAGAAGAAGACAGUGUGUGUAGUUCACCAAUAAAGUCUGUGGUGGAAUUAUUUCAGACCAGUGAAGACAGUUCUGAGUUUCUGGGUUUUACAAGCUAUUCUGAAAACCACGGUUCACAUGACACAUUAGAGGUUUGGGAGAAAGAAAAUGAAAAUAGUUUGUUGUCCGUGUUUUUCUCUAAUCCGUCUUCAACCUCCACGUUUACUGGGUUUUAGAAGAGUUUUUUGUUUUUGUUUUUUUUUUUUAAUUUGUAUUUUUCACAAAUGGCGAGGAUUAUAUUCCUGAAAAUAUUUUUAUAUAUAUGUAAAAAUUCUUGUUUUAUUAUUUGUGUGUCAUCUGUACAUUUUAAUAACCAAAUGUAAAUAUUAAGAAUAAAGAUGAUUAUUAGUAUUUUCUUAAGAAUUAAGUACUUUUAUGUAAGUAAAUGCAACUGAAGUUAAGGUGUCUGCUACCUCUUGCAUAUUGUGUACAUAAUUUCUAAAUAAAACUGUUUCUGAAGGAGCAGUUAAAUAGAACUUGCACUGCAAGAAAAAUGACUUGCACUGGAGAAGGCAAUUUUGAGUAACUAUGGAAUUCAUUUAAAAACUUAGUGUCUCAAAUUUGGGUGUUACAAUUAAAUCUGUUUAAAUAUCAGAUCUGGGACAAUAUGCAUACCACUGAAAACUACGUAUCAUGGUAAAAGGAGCAUGUUUUACAAAUUAUAUUGUGCACAUGAGUGAGUGCUGCCUUGGGAGCCAUGUUUGGGACCAGUGAAGCAAUGCUCUAAGUUAUGUCACCUUGAUUUGUCCUUUGAUUUUCUUGAAGAACUGAGUAUAUGCCAGUACAAUA